CACACUCUGAAUGAUUAUUUGUCAUCAACAUGUUUCGGACCACCGUGUUGUCGUUCGACCAGAAAUCCGCAAGGACAAUCAACUUCCAAAUAGUGUGUUUAGUGUAGGUGUGUGUGUGUGUGUCUGGAUCCUUAUGAAUGUGCGUGCGUGAGCGCAACGUGUGUGUGUGUGUGUGUGUGUGUAUCUUUCUUCGCAGUUCGACCCUCAGGUGUGUAUGCUCACUGUUAGGGAGCGGGCCAGAUUCGGUCCACUCAACGUCAAAAAGGCUCCUUGUCCGGUCUUGCUAUUUGAUAGGGUGAGGUGUGUAUGUCAGUGUGUGUGGACGAGCCGAGAGGAAGGAAGGAAAUUAGGCGGCUUUGUCAAGGAUGAAUCGCUUCCGUCGUUCUUCCUCGCUCUUCUUCAUGAAGAGCGCGGGGCAGGGAGGGGUGUCGUCGUCAGUCGAAAGAAAGACGGACCUUUGGUGGCUCGUGUCAUGACCACCAAACAGAGGACAAGAGAGGCUAGUGAGAGCGACGACGAGACUGUUCCACAUAGCUUGUAAGCCGUCUGCCAUAAUUUGGACCGGUCUUGGACCACCCAACCAUUGUCAUCACCAGAGCCUGGCAAUAAAAUAAUCACAAGCCAUGAGUGCGUGACCACGGCUUUGCAAACUGAGCUUUUAUGGACUGAUUGCUCAGGAGGAAAAACAUGAAUAUCUUUAGGCACUCGCUUCAGAGCUCUGGCCUUCGUUCUAGAACUCCGUUCUUUGAAGCACCGGUGAGAUCUUGUUUGCGUCCAUCCAUUCAACGAUGAAGCCAAUGUAUCCUCAUUUGUGUCCUUUGUCCGUUAAGGGCCUUGAGUGUCAGUAAUGUGAUAGUGUUCCCUGUAUGUGUGCGUGAAGGAAACUUCCUUCCCCGGAUCUCAUGAACAUGUGUGCCCAGACACCUUUCAGAAACACCGUCCAGAAUCACAUUGUAAAACAUUCUGCGACAACCUUCAAUGUUCCCUGUCUGUCGGGCGAGACACCCUUUACGUUGUGGAUAUGCCAUGGUUAAAUGUGGAGCUGACUGAUGAGAGCUUAAAGAUGCAAAUCAGACAACAUGAGAAAGAGUCCUAUAUCAAUGUCAUUGAAAAAGUCCACGGCAAUGUCUUGGAAGAUAUCGUGGAUGCUUUGGAGGGGGAGUUUGUGGACUCUGAAAUUAGAGAUAUCAUCCACUUUCUCAUGCCCACUCAGAUGAAGAACCUCUCGUUCCUGGACACCUUAGUUCAAGAACGACGAGUGAUUUGGCCCAAAGAGAAGAGCAAGUUCUUCACCUAUCCCUGCCUGACAUUGUGCUGUUGCAAGUAUGACCACAAGAGAGGCGUGAUCGUUUAUGCGUCAAUUAUGACCCUCUUGUGCGUAAGCUUCAUCGUUGCAUUGGCCGUGUUUCAAUCCGAAAUUCCGAAAUUGGAGGAUCAUUUUUCUUUCACACUGCCGAACCAUUUUAAUGGGCUGAUUUUCGUUGUCUUGGGAUUGAAUGCCGUUCUCCAUGGAACUCUUAUUGUGGGAGCUUGGAGACAUAGUUGCUUGUGGAUUGCUCCUUGGCUUACGAUCUUUGGGGCUGAGACGCUCUUGCUUCUGGGAAUGAGCGUUAGAUACUCCUUGGCAUCGUUCUUGGAUGCCGAUUAUGAGCUGCUGGUCGUGGCCUCCAUCGGAUUAGUACUAUGGGGGUUUACCUGUUACUUCUGGUUUGUGGUGGCUGCCCUCUCGAUUCGAUACUACAAUUUCAUGUUCUCAGACGAAUAUUACGGCAUCCCAAAGCCAAGUCCUGGAUCGUCGGCCACUCAACCCUCCAACACAAUUGAAAUGACCCCCAGAUGACUAGAGACAUGCGGUUCCAGGGGAAGAUGUUCCGAACACUGGGUUUAAAUCUCGUCCUCUUUCAUCCAUCCUAUUCUUUCUGGUGCUCUGAUGUUCUUUUCUUCAGUUUCAAACCAAAUAAUAAGUAUUGUUAAGUGCCUCAGCUACCCCAAGUGCCUCUAGCGUAUUAGCCAAUCCUUCAUUCUCGCGUGUAUUUCCACCAUGAGAACUAUCAUAACAAAUACAUAAGCCUGUUCUGCUCGAUUUGAA